GCCCGCCCGGCCGGUCCCGUGGCCUCGGUGCCAUGCCGUUCCUCGGGCAGGACUGGCGGUCCCCCGGGCAGAGCUGGGUGAAGACGGCCGACGGCUGGAAGCGCUUCCUGGACGAGAAGAGCGGCGGCUUCGUGAGCGACCUCGGCAGUUACUGCAACAAGGAAGUAUACAACAAGGAGAAUCUUUUCAACAGCCUGAACUAUGACGUUGCAGCCAAGAAGAGAAAGAAGGACAUGCUGAAUAGCAAAACCAAAACUCAGUAUUUCCACCAAGAAAAAUGGAUCUAUGUUCACAAAGGAAGUACUAAAGAGCGCCAUGGAUAUUGCACUUUGGGGGAAGCCUUCAACAGGCUGGACUUCUCAACUGCCAUUCUGGAUUCCAGGAGAUUUAACUACGUUGUGCGGCUGUUGGAACUGAUAGCAAAGUCACAGCUCACAUCCCUGAGUGGCAUUGCCCAAAAGAACUUCAUGAACAUUUUGGAAAAAGUGGUACUGAAAGUCCUUGAAGACCAGCAAAACAUCAGACUAAUAAGGGAACUCCUCCAGACCCUCUACACGUCCUUAUGUACACUGGUCCAGAGAGUCGGCAAGUCUGUGCUGGUCGGAAACAUCAACAUGUGGGUGUACCGAAUGGAGACAAUUCUACACUGGCAGCAGCAGCUGAACAAUAUCCAAAUUACCAGGCCUGCCUUCAAAGGCCUCACCUUCACCGACCUGCCUUUGUGCCUGCAACUGAACAUCAUGCAGAGGCUGAGUGACGGGCGUGACCUGGUCAGCCUCGGCCAGGUGGCCCCUGACCUGCAUGUGCUUAGCGAGGACCGGCUGCUGUGGAAAAAGCUGUGCCAGUACCACUUCUCUGAGCGGCAGAUCCGCAAGCGAUUAAUUUUGUCAGACAAAGGACAGCUGGAUUGGAAGAAGAUGUAUUUUAAACUUGUGCGAUGUUACCCACGGAAAGAGCAGUACGGAGACACCCUUCAGCUUUGCAGACACUGUCACAUUCUUUCCUGGAAGGGCACUGACCAUCCGUGCACAGCCAAUAACCCAGAGAGCUGCUCCGUCUCCCUUUCACCCCAGGACUUUAUCAACUUGUUCAAGUUCUGAGUCCCAGCAUGUGACAAUACUUCAGAAGGGUUCCCUGCUGAUGGGAUGGCUGGGAAUAUGGAAUUUGGACACUUCAUCUGUAAAUAGUGUACAUUUGAAACCUUGGCUCAAAACUUCUGAGAUAAGUCACUGAGAGGACGUCACAAGGGGAGAGAUGCGGUUGCUGGCUGAGAAUUUAAGGAAAUGGACUUCUCGUUAGAAUCGGUAUGGAAAAGCAGAAAUACUGUAAAUAAACUUUUUUCUCCCUUUUUGCCAGCAAGACUAUAAGGGCAGGAAUUCCGUUUCAUCGGUGAAAAUGGAAAUCCUCCUGAUGUUCACUGACACUCCUUGGUCUAGUUCCCUAGGGAUGUGGAAGACAAGGGGAGGACUCGAACACAAGAUAGAACACUCUGUUUACAAUGUGAAAAUGUGCUCAAAGAAAGAGAAGACGAACAUACGCGAAAUCUCUGCGCUUUGGUUUCAAUUGUUGGGGGGGGGGGGUUGUAAAAGGGCAAAGGAAGUACCACCCAUCUUAAACCCGCGUGGGCAUAGGGCCUUAUCUUGCGAAUCUAUCACACAAUUCUCUACCUCAGAAAGUAGGCACUGCUCCCCCUGACAGAGCGCAUCGCCCAGUAGGCCGCGUCUGCUGGUCUUGGUUUUUCGUCACAUGAAAGGGGUUUCAACAGGAAGAGAUUCUGGAGGCAAUCCUCAUCAUGCUCCAGACUUCCUUUUUAAGCAAAUAGGCACCCUUUUGGAGUUGCGUCUUUUCUAGAACAACCCCGCAGCACAUAGGCCUCUCCUUUCAUGCGGUAGCUCAUUCGGGGUGGCAUAAGGCCAAUUAAAAACAGUCCCAGAGGAAGUCCUCCUUCAGAAAAAGAUAGAAUUAGUCCCACCCAAGAGCUGUGAAGACUUUUCGUAUUCUUGUUUCACUUCUCGGCUUGUCUGGGUUCCUGGAGUCUAUUCACGGAUAAGCGUAUCUGUGGACGGGUGGGAGCCAGAGUGCUGAUAAAAGCUGGGGAAACGGGUUUUACGUAUCAGUGAGACGGUUUCCCAGCUGCUGUGCCUCAUGGCAGGUGACAAGCCGAGGAGCUCUCUUUUUCUUUAGGUCCGACAUCAAAAUUGAAUCAGCCUAAGCUAGGACUUCAUGCGAGGAUGAGGAGAAUAAAGCCUGGAGUUCCCAGUCACAGGGAACAGAAGUACUGUGCGGUUCUUCCUAAACUUGCUCCACACCCCCUGGGGAUCUUGCUAGGCAAAGAGCAGCAGGUGUGGAAGAAAGGAAAUCUCAGGACUUCAGGAGUUCCUUGUCAAAUAUUCCUGGGAUGGGGGAGGGGACGUUUUUGUUUUUUACUUUUUAUAGAACUUGGCUUUUCUACAACAAUGUACAUAUUCUGGCAGUUGUGUUUGCUUUGUGCUUUUUUUUUUUUUCCUUCUUUUGCAAAUAAAGUUGCCACCCUGCAUGCCCUUGGCAAGUAAGUGAAGCAGAAAUAGGAACUUGCUCACAUUCACACUGAAGAACAGUUAUAUCCUUAGGGGUGACCUGGAGAGGGCAAAGGUGGCUGAGCAUGUAUAGAAACAAAGCCAGGCACCGGCUGGCGAUGCCGAGCCCCCUGCUGCCCUGCCCAAGUGUCAGCAUGCUGAAGAGAAGGCAACCAUCAGCCCCCCUCACUCUGCAGCACCUGUGCCUAUCUAUACACCAGCGCAUCUCCAUGUUUAUUUUCAUUAUCACUCCCAUCAGAAGGAAAAUUUAAUUUAAAUGCUCCCCACUGAGCUGAAUUCAACAUUGAAGAAUAAGAUCUUGUUGGCUAAGGUUGAGCUUCUGGAGCCCCUGUAAUACCUAGUGGGGUUUUUGCACUCCCCUCCCCGAGUCAAAGUCACACUGAGAAUGCAGGCCCUAGAUGGUGGAAUUAAAAACUUAGCUCUUCCAGAAUUCAGAUGUCUCUCAAAUGUCUCAGCUUCCUGAAAGAUAUGGGGCGGAACUGGGUUGAUUGCAACUGUGAGAUCUCUGGAACCUUUGACUCUGACAUUUUUAGGUUUAGGCCUGCAUGGCCUUCCACAUCUGUCCAUCACCUCAUGACCUCUGCCCCUUCAUACUGAUCCAGGAGGUGGAAACCCCACAGGCACCCUCAGGUUUGCAGUCCCAGAAAUGUUGCCUGCCUUAAAUUGUCAGCACCAAACUGGCAAACCAGUCUCCUUUGGACUGUCUGCAGUGCCCACGAUUGCAUAUCAUCCCCCAGGCAGCGAGGUGCAUCUGUGUGAGAUGACUCCUGCCACUAGUGGGAGGGUUAUGGCUUUCUGAGAUGUUUCCCUUAGUGGUGCCUCUGGGGUCUCCCUAACUCUGUUGGCAUCUUUGGAGGUGGUAUGUGACGGAGUCAAGGAAAACUUUUAAGGAGAAAAGAGAAGAAACCAACAUUUAUGGUUCUCUUUCAUUGGUAGUGGAGAAUAAGAAAGGAAAUGGCAGGUGGAGAGGGAUGGGGGAAGGAAUAGAAAUGGCCUAUCUUUGAUGCUGUGGUUUGUGUGAAGGCAAUGGAGAAGAACCUAGCGGGUGCAGAGCAUCCGUGUUGGUGGCACAUGGCAGCUGUUCAGCAUGGCCAGAGCCUCACCUAGAAGUAAAGCGAGUGAAAAAGAAAAUUCUUGUUCCCUGGGUACCAAUCGUCUUUAGAAUUUCUAUUGGCAAACCCUCUGGGGACAACCUAACCUAAAAAAACAAAACCAAAGAAUCCCUGUCUCAAAACUGCUAGUCUAAAAGCCAGACGGACAAGAUGGUGGAAACUACUAGAAGAGACAGAAGGCUCCCCUCUCUUUGCUGUACCUACCUAACCACUCCUACCCCUGUAACGUAGAAUUGGAAAUUGAUGUCAGCUAUGAAGUAAUUUGGACUUUGAAAGAAGGAAGGAGUGUGUCCAGGGCAGGGUGAGCACAAAUCCAUGGGGAUGUUAUGUACAAUCUGGUUCAACUUAAAGGUGUAUAAGCAACAAGCCUGGAGCCUCUUGAGAGUAAAGCACAACAUUUAGGGAAAGAAUAUGUGAGUGCUAACUUCAUAGCAAGAUUCAGAAAAAAGUCCAAUGACAUCUUCAACUACCUUGCAUUGUUACUUUAAUGCUAUUCCUUUGAGGAGAUGGAUCAGUGUCAUGGGAGGGUGGGUGACAAAGCUUCAAAGAAAAACAUCGCCAGGGUGUCAGUUGUGAGAUGACAUUUAUUUAGUGAUGAUCAAUUUUAUACCGAAGCGGCUCGGAGGAGUUAUUUCGGGUGGGGUGGGUUGAUACCACAAAACACUGCAACAGUGGGCUUUACUUGAGGGUGAAGGAAGGUAACAAGCAUGCACCGUGUUAUUGCCAUGAUUCUCUGUGGAUUCGAAAACUUUUUCGAGGAGCUUGCAAUUAACGGGCUCCUUUUUUACUGUUGUUUCUUUGUGGGAGCACAGAGGGAGCUUAGAAUUUCAUUUGUCUAAGCAAGUGGUGUGAUUUACAAGGUCAAUCAUUUCAAGACAUGUUCAACAAUGUAUCAUUUGUAGCAUUGGAUACAAUGUUUACCAUAAAAUAUGCACCUGACUUUAUAUUUUUUUGCCAGGUUAUAGGGCAAAAGUGUUUUGCUAUGCACUCUAUUUUAUGUGUGAAUUUUUUUAACUGUAAUUUUAUGUGUGAAUUUUUUUUUUAACUAAACUAUAUCAACAUUUUCUAUGUGGACAUCUGGGUGUUGUUGUUUUUUUUUUUAUCUGUUUCCAACUAUCUGUGUCUGUGAACCAUCCUUCUGACUGGAUGCUGGCCUAAAAUCCUAUUAGUGUUUAAACAGACCUCAGAAACACCCUGAACCUCUAGACAAAUGCUAAGAGAUGGCUCUUUGAUAUAUCUCGGGCUCACGAUGUCUUCAGUAAACAAGAUCAUAACUCCUUUAAAGCCAACCUUUUCUGUAGAAGCUUUCUUCUGUGUUUUGUUAAAGAGAGUAAACCCUCCAUGGCUUCCCAAAGGAAGGAAACUCCUAUCCCAGACUCUUGUGCUGGAAGGGAAGUUGAGGAUGGUGGAGUCUGGCAUUCCAUCUGCCCUUCAACAUGAGGUAGUGGGACAUGUCUGAGCCCGUCUGGUACUCAGUGGUAGACCUGAAUAUGAACCCGGGAUUUUCUGAGGCCUUUACUUUGUACCCUCUAUCCAGCAUCCUUUGGUGUGUCCAGAGACACAUAACAUCUGACCUGGUUGUUCUCCACACCUUCACUGUGAAAGGCAAGCAUGAGGGUCCAGUGUUAGGCAUCUGGCCAUUAUCUUUUCCAAAUAUUUUAAGUCCCUGGUUCUCCAUGGAGAAGUUAACAUUUCUCCCUGGAGCCACUUAACAUUUUUGCAGACUUCUGACCCUAUUGUGAGUACACCAUCCUAGUAAGUACAACCUGCUCACCAUAAAGCAAACAGCAUAUUUUGACAAAUUCACUUUUCCCUGGGUACUUUCAUUUUAAUUACAAAAGUGGCCCUUAAGACAUAUAAAGGCUGAGCAGCUGGCUUGCUUUCUAGAAACUGAGGUUCUGAUGGUAACCAAAGCAGGUAUUUCCUCUCAGACUAAGAAGUACAUUUAAUCCAUACCCUUCAUCUCCCCAUCCUCCGGCACCUGCCACAAGAUCUGGUGAGUGUCCAUGGGGGGGGGGGGGGAGGACCCUCCCACCCUCUGCUAAACGUCAACUUCACUAAGCAAAGAGGGAUUAUUCCAAGAGGCAGCAAGGAGUGAGAAACCACAAAUAUUUGUGACUUUGUCUGCUGGACGUUUUUCCAAGUGUCCCUGAACACAGCAAACAAAGCUUCCUGAGAAAUCUUCCAAAAUUCAGGCCCUGCUCCAUUUGUCCAAAAAUGGACGGCUGCUCCAGAUCUCUGAACCUCUUAAAACGCCAUCUGCUACGACGUUACUUCUGGAGUUUGAAUAUGACUUUUUCUGUCUUUGAGUAUAGCAAUGUUUGUUUAAUUAACGAUGCACAAGUCUGUUAAACAGAAGGCUCCAAGGACUGCUCUAUGCUUGAGAGCUCUUGGCACCAUCUUUAUUCUACCAAAUGCCAAUAACCCUGGCUAAAGGGAGUGUAUAUUAAAGCCCAUGUCCUAAGUUCAGAAGCUUUACUCUUUUUAAUAAAAAAUAGGAGGUUGAACUAAAAUUAUAAGGUUAGUCUUGUUACAUGCAAAGAUGUUUAUUUAAUAUUGUGUGAGCUAAGUCCUUCUGUAUAAAUUAUUUGCACACUUUCCUUGCAUGAUGAACUGAUUUUUUUUAUAGUUGUUUGUACCAGACGGUGGCAUAUUUUUGUAAAAAUUUUUUGACACUGAAUUGCAAUAAAUGUUUUUCCAACAACA